AAAAAAAAAAAAAAAUCCUCUUUUGCCUUAUCUUCCUUCUUCCUCCCCAAACAAAUCUCCCAUUCUCUUCUCUUCUCUGCGGCCGUUGAGUCGUCUCUCUGUCCAGGUAUACUCACCCUUGCUUCAAGUGCUCUUAGGGUUUUCUCCAAUCACCCCUCAAUUCCAUCAUCACCCAAUCUCUUCUUCAAUUGAAUUCGGACUUGGGUUUUCUUGCUUUCACCCCUUCCCCCUGAUUGUAUCUCUUUCUUCCUCGAUCUCUCUUUCGUGGGUUUUGUGUUAGAUAGAACAAAAAAAGAUUGGGUUUUUUCCGACACAAUCGAUCAUCGAAUUAGCCAUUCGCCGCUGUCUUCUCAAUCAGCCGUAAAAAAUGGCAGCUGAUCAGAGGAGAAAGCGGAUGAACAGUGCCAAUGUUAAUGGUUUCAGUUCAAGGGAGCAUUAUAGAGCUAAAAGGAAAAAGAUUGGAUCAUCAUCACCUGAUGGUGCUUUGCGUUCCGGUGAUCACAUUAGUCUUGAAUGGGACCGUAACAGAAGUAAAGUAGUCUCUAAGAAGGAACAAGUUGGUUUGAGUUUUAGGCAUCUUCGAGACUUUGUUGAUGUUGUUCCUCCUAGAAGGAAUAUCUUGGCACAAGUAUGCCCCGUUCCCCAUGAGACUUUCCAGUUGGAAAAUUUGUCAGAGGUGCUUUCUAAUGAGGUUUGGCGCUCUAGUCUAUCUGAUGGGGAAAGAAAUUAUCUGCGGCAAUUUCUCCCUGAUGGAGUUGAUGUGGAGCAAGUUGUACAAUCAUUACUCGAUGGGGACAAUUUUCAUUUUGGAAAUCCUUUUCUUGAUUGGGGAAGUGAUGUCUGCUCCAGCAAAGCUCAUCCAGAUCAAAUUGUAUCUAGAGAGGAAGGCUUGAGGGAUGAUAAAAGGAGAUACUAUUCGGAUUUAGAGAAAUACCAUCAUGAUAUUAUAGAUUAUUUGCAGACGUUGAAGGAGAAGUGGGAAACCAGCAAAGAUCCAGAGAAGGAUGUUGUCAACAUGAUGUGCGGGAGAUCAAGAGGGGCCAGUGCACAUGUAAAUGGUAGCUGCCAGGAUCUAACUGCUACCUCAGAGUCGAGUUCCGGGACUGCGGAUGAGAAACCAUACAGUAGUGAUAAUAAGAUUUCUUCGCUUGUCAGGACUGGAGAGGUUCAGAGAAGGUCCAAGAGCUCUGCUUUAGAGAAAGAAAAAUCUCAAAGUCCCUUGAUUGCUCGAGAUAAUGUCGUAAACGCAGGCGUCAAAGCUAGAAAGAAGGACACGCUACCGAAACAUAGCAUUCAGCAAACUGAUGGGGCUAAAUACAUGUCCUACCUUAAGAUAAGCAAGAAGCAGCAUCAGAUUGUCACAAGCAUGAAGCAGUCUGGUAAAAGCAUUCAAUCAAGAGCACUUAAUCGAAUCUUGGGUAGCAUCAAUAAUUUGGAUGUUCAACCAUACGGAGUGUUUGUGGAAGAAGAAGAGAAGAAACUAAACGCUCACUGGCUACAACUGGUUAAAGAUCUUCCUGCAGCAUAUGCAAUAUGGCAAAAGCUACAGUUACAGAAACGAGAUAUAAUCAGCUCUGUGGGAAGAGAACUGAAGGACAAACUCAAUCCAUGGAUGGAGGAUAAACAACAACUGUACGCUGCAGAAAACCCUCUGCAGAAGCAUGAUGUUCAAUACGAUGAUCAAGAAAGUUUGAACACUAAUCAGAGUGAUGAUUUGACGCCAGACGUUGAAGAUUCUGUCAUUUUCAGUCAAGUUUCUGGCAAGAAUCACUCCCCUUUAAAGGAUUCUUUGUCUUAUGGUGACCAAAUCACAGAUUCAGGUCGCUGCUUGCAAGUUGGCACAUACCCAUCGCAGGUUUCGUCACCAGAUAGUGGCAAUAACAUCAAUCUGAAGGAUAGAGAAGAGAAACAAUAUUCUUCUCCUUCUCCUUGUUCUCCCAGCAGGUGUCAUGGCCUUAUCCAAACAGAGGUUGAAGCAAAUGAUUAUUCCAGCUCUAUACAAGGUCAGUCUCUCCCACAGGCUUCAUUUCCAAGUGAGCCCCAUGCGACAAUUCUCGAUGAUGCAAAUCCUGUAGGCAAGCACUGUGUAUCAGACCUAGAGAAUGCUUCGUCAGACCAGAGGAUUCCUUGUAUUACUUCAAGCCAUGGAGAAGGUUCGCAGUUUUGUUCUGGUGGAGAUGUGUGGGAGCCAGAGGGAGGAAUAAGACAGUCCUACAUUAGCCGCCAAGCUUACACCCCUAGUGGUGGAUUGUCUAUCAUACACCAUCCUGAAGGUGUUGAAGCAGCUAAAAACUGUUUCAUAGACCUAGAAUCGAAUAUGCCUGAAGAAGUUAAUAGGAGGAAGAUGUUGCAGCGAAAAGCAGGCAACAGUUUUGGUUCUUUCCCUAGCAAUGAUCAAAUUGAACUACUCCAGUCUUUGUUUAAUGGCCAAGGUGUGGCAUCUCGCACCACUGAGCAGCUCCACUCUCUUCUCAAAGUCCCACAUAAUGAGGAGCAUAAACAAAUUAUGGGAAUUGGUUUUCAGCACGAAGGAACCAACAAUCUGAUGGAGAGCAGUCAGUUUUCUGGUCAGUUUCAUGAUCAGAUACCUGCACCACAUGCACUUUCACACGACCAGCAGAGACAAAUUGACGUCUAUGGUCAAGGAAACAUGUCAGACAACAUUUACUCCAAUGGACGUGGAUUCUUGAUGCAGCGGCCGGACUGGAACCCCAAUUGUGCUCAGAUUGGAGUUACCCCACAGCCCCGGUUGAGCACUGGCCCUUUGUUAAAUCAGAACUGGCAAUUUAGGAGUAUGUGGGCAAACACAAAUGGUGUCGGAUGUACAAGUCAAGGCAGUCAAACCGGGACCGAAAGAGAUCCGAGGCUUCUUCGAGUUGUUAAUAACGCGGAGCAGAUAGUUCAUAGGGGGAGUAGUUCAGAUCAAAGCUUAUUCUCUGUUCUCUCUCAAUGCAGUCAAUUGCGCCAUUCCAGAUCUGCUUUCGAGCCAGAAAGUUCGAGUGAUCAAGUGGUUGCACCUGGUAACUACGGAAUGCUGAUGGGGGGAGGUACAACUCAGGUUGGCAGCAAUUUGGUUCAGCCUGCGAACCCGCUUGAUUACUUGAGCGGUAGCAACCCGGUAACAUCUUUGAUGCCAGAUGAUGUAGCGUGGAUGAACCAGAGCCGCCAGAACUCUGGUCUACAUGACCCACUAGGCAAGCUGUAUCCAAGGUCAUGGAAUCCGUAAGUUAUAUAUUCUUCUGAAGUUUUGCGUUGCAGAAGAAGCACCUGGAAUAUACAAAACCCAACUUGGGUUCUUAGUUUCUUUUAUGUGCCUGUACAUACAAAGAUACAGAGGAACUUUGGUUUUGUACAUAUUUAGAUUUUGAGAUAUGGAUUAGGAAGAAAAUGAGGAUGCUCCAGGUACCUUUUGACUUUUACAUUUUGUCUUCUCACCCUCUCUCUCAAGUAUUGUUUAAUUCCUUUUGGCAUAAAAAUGUUGGACAAUACCAA